GGGUACAGGGAGAAGACCUCGGAAGAGGGUGAGUCGCGCGUAGAUGGUAUUAAAGCGGCGCGGUCUGGGUUCGAGGGCAUUCGGAACUUCUUUCCACCGGGCCUACGCCUUGGCGAGCUGACUUGCGCUGCGCGUCCCUUGCCGCGGUGUUUGAGUUGCAUGAGCAAUUGGCCAGAUCAACAUGAGCAGUCACUACAUGUCCCAACAAGCAACCAUGGGAUCUUCGACUUGGCUUCAGUGCUUGACAAGACCAUUGAAGUUGUCAAACCCUGUCCAAGUCGGUCGCUGUAAUCAAUGACGCCGGCAAGCCCGUUGGCGACAGCAGCAAGAUGGCCUCUCCGGUCAGGCCUAGAUCGGAGGCUGCCUUCUCCCCUACAGCAUCGUCUCCAUUGACAGGCUACCCCUUCCCAGAUGUUUCGCAAAGACAGCAUGGUCAGCGAGGAACUGUGCGACGAGGAUCUACAGCGAGCUCGAUCACGAGUAUAGGAGGAGCACUCGACACUGGAUCUAUUAAUCAUCCUACGAUCGCGGAGACGAGUCAGAAUGCUAUCUCAACAUUGCUACAACACCCGAUCACACGUACAGGUCUGCAAGCGAGCACCAUCGUACCUAGUACUGGUUACAAAGCCCCAACGCAGCGCGACAUCCCUCCUGUUGCCCUUACCAACAUUCCUCACAUUGAAGCCAAAGCCUUCCAUCCAUAUCUCGCACAGGUCGGGUCGUUAUACGAAGCCUUCCAACGGGCCAAGAAUGAGGGAGAGGGGGAGGCGUCCCUAUUCCACCGAGGAAAGAAGGACACCAGGAAUGAAGAGUGGGAAGCAAUACUGGCUAAGCGACUGCAGAGGCCGCAUUCGCGGGCGGGGUCUGUCAGCUCUACAUUGUCCACGCCGCUCGAGAGACCACAGCCCACCAGGAGACAAAGUGGUCAACGGCGUCAAGCUGUAACACCCCUGUCAACGAUCCCGACUGUGUACUCUGAGGAGGAGUUUCACUUAGAAAAUCCGAGGACUUUCGACAUCGUCUCGGAACACUCUGAAAUUGUUCGAGAUCCAAAUGGAGCACCAAGUGGGAGAAAGUCCCUGGCAACCAAUGCUAUCCUCCAGGAGAAAUUGUCCUGGUAUAUGGAUACUGUAGAAGUUCAUCUGAUCAACUCGAUCUCAACGGCAUCAAAGUCUUUCUUCUCUGCACUGGGUUCUCUGAGAGAGCUACACGGUGAUGCUGCUGACUCGGUAGAUCGUAUCCAGAGGUUGCGGAAAGAGCUGGCCAAGCUCGACAAAGAGAUGGCAAUCGAUGGAUUGAAAGUCAUCAACCUGAAGCAACGCCGUGAUAACGUUCGCCAACUGGCACAGGCGAUCAUGCAACUCGAAGAUAUUGUAAAAGCUGUUCAAAGCUGCGAAGACAUGGUGGAAAGCGGCGAGAUUGACCAAGCAUUAGACGGGCUGGAUGACCUUGAUGCGCUGAUGGCUGGUAGAGACAGCAAGCCUUCGGAAAGCAAGGCGCAGGAGCGAUAUCAGAAGCGCGACCUUAGAAAGCUGAAAGCCCUGCAGGGCGCCUCGGACGACCUCAAUCAAAUACGGUACAGAGCAGGCAGGGGUUACGAGACACGCUUCCACAAUAGUCUGCUCAACGAUAUCAGGCGGCAUGUUGAUCAGACAGAAACCAGUGCGACACUUCAGAGAUGGGGUGUCGCUUAUACGAGACCGAGACCUGGUCAAAGGCGAGCUCCGUCGUCAUUUCCGGGAUACAUGAACAUUGGGCCCGAACUGCGAGCAGAGCUUGAAGCCGAAAUGAAAGGGUUGUCUCGAGCUCGGUACACAACGCCUGCAGCGACGACGUUCAGGGCGAUCGUUCUACGAGAAAUGAGGAACAUCAUUCGGAAGCAGCUACCAAGUUCCACUGACGACGACAAUGUGUCGACGGUGUCAGCGUCAACAGCAGGAGGCAGGACGAUGAGCCAGCAAGAGAAGUCUUCUAUAUUGGCGCGAAACCUUCGCGCUUUGGAUGCGGAUGAUUGGUAUCAGAUGUUGGCUACGAUCUACACAAACCUCAGCGAAGGUUUGCGCCGAUUGAGCGUACAGGUCAAAAUUCUCUUGGACAUUACGAGCAAUUUACCCGAAAAUAUUCUCAAAUCCCCACCGACCAGUCCAGAUCCUUCGAGCCUAGACAGGUUGAGAAGUCCUCAGGCGGGUCGACCACGAUCCACGAGCUCUGUCCAAGCAGAGAUGCAACAGGUUCUUGACCUUUCGAGUUUGUUAGGUGAAGGUGUCGACCUGGCGCAGGCGCAAAUCACCAAGGUGGUCAAAGUGCGCUCGCAGCAAAACGCUGAAUUGUCCUUAGUUGAUUUCCUGAAGUUCUUCACCUUGAAUCGACUCUUCACGGACGAGUGCGAAGCAAUAUCAGGUCGAAGCGGGACUGCUUUGAGAAGCGUCCUUGAUUCGCAGAUCAAAGAUUUUGUGGCACGGUUUGGGGAGUCACAAAAGCACCAAGUUAUCAAGGUUAUGGACAGCGACAAAUGGGAUGCGAAAGACUUUGGAGACCGCGAGAAUCAAUUACUCCAGAGGAUCAUUGAUGGCAGUACCAGUGACGCCCUGUCCUGGAUUGAAAGCACCAUGAUCUGGCAGUCACCAACCAACGGUAGGAAGGACACCAAUGGGACAGCCACGAACGGAACAUCUGCCCCUUUCAAGGUUAGAAGCGCCGUGGUUGAUGAGCAGAGGUAUAUCCUUCCAGAAUCAGCCAUUGCCAUGCUCCAAUCGAUGGAGACUUUCCAGCAUUUGGCCGUAGGAAUUCCGAGCAUGGGUCAAGAAGUGGCCACUCUGCUUUUGGAAAGUUUGAAGCUGUUCAAUUCUCGAAGCUCGCAAUUGAUCCUUGGAGCUGGCGCCACCAGGAGUGCAGGACUGAAAAACAUUACGACCAAACAUUUGGCACUUUCAUCCCAGGGUUUGAGCUUCAUCGUCGCUUUAAUACCCUAUGUCAGAGAAUUUUUCCGACGACAUAUUCCGUCUUCGACUGCUUCGCAAAUCAUGACGGAGUUUGACAAAGUCAAGCGUUUCUUCCAAGAACAUCAAAACAGCAUUCACGAGAAAUUGGUUGACAUCAUGUCUGGUCGGGCCUCGAUGCACGUCAAAGCAAUGAAGGGCAUUGACUGGGAGGAGGCUGCGAAGAACAAAUCUGUCUCCGUGUCUCCUUACAUGGAGACCUUGACCAAGGAGACGGCCACCCUGCAGAAGGUGCUAGCCAAACACUUGCCAGAUCCGGUAGUCGCAGGCAUCAUGAUACCCGUUUUCGCAAGUUACAGAGAACAAUGGUCCAGUGCAUAUAGGGAUGUCGUGCUCAAGUCGACGGCGGCUAAAGAAAGGUUACUCGCAGAUGCCCAAUAUUUCGAUUCUCGAAUCAGCAAGAUUGACGGUGCCGGUGAUUUGGGCCAGGAGAUCGUCAAAGUCGUUCAAGCAAAAAUGGUGGCAGAGACAGCUGUGCCGGCGCCGCCUACAAUGCAGGAGACCACAAAUGGGCAGAAAGAACCAGACAAUUCUGCGCAAGAACAACCAUCAACGGAAGCAAAAGGCGACGACAAAAAGGAAGAGACAAAAUCAUAACGUCGUUCAUUUCCUGGAUAGAUACAAUACAAUAUCUUGCAAAAGAACUUGCCUGCUAUAUCAUGCUCGAUGCAAUUUCAAAGUUGAGGGCACAACCCCCUUGAACUCGUGUUCGGCUUGUCGCGUU